GGACGCCGGCAGCGUGUCCCGGGCGGGCGGGGCGCAGGCGGUGAGUGUGCGCUUUUGAGCGGCGGCGGCCCGAGCUCGCGCGUCCGCCGGGAUGAGCUACGACCGCGCCAUCACCGUCUUUUCGCCCGACGGCCACCUCUUCCAAGUGGAGUACGCGCAGGAGGCUGUCAAGAAGGGCUCCACCGCGGUUGGUGUACGAGGAAGGGAUAUUGUUGUUCUUGGUGUGGAAAAAAAAUCAGUGGCCAAGCUACAAGAUGAAAGAACAGUCCGAAAGAUCUGCGCUUUGGAUGACAAUGUCUGCAUGGCCUUUGCAGGCCUCACUGCUGAUGCACGGAUAGUCAUCAACAGAGCCCGGGUAGAGUGCCAGAGCCACCGGCUGACUGUGGAAGACCCAGUCACUGUGGAGUACAUCACCCGCUACAUUGCCAGUCUGAAGCAGCGCUAUACUCAGAGCAAUGGGCGCAGGCCAUUUGGCAUCUCUGCCCUCAUUGUGGGUUUUGACUUUGAUGGCACCCCCAGACUCUAUCAGACUGACCCGUCGGGCACGUAUCAUGCCUGGAAGGCCAAUGCCAUAGGCCGGGGCGCCAAGUCAGUGCGUGAAUUCUUGGAGAAGAACUACACGGAUGAUGCCAUCGAGACAGACGAUCUGACCAUCAAACUAGUCAUCAAGGCACUUCUGGAAGUGGUUCAGUCAGGUGGCAAAAACAUUGAGCUUGCUGUCAUGAGACGGGAUCAACCUCUCAAGAUUCUAAAUCCUGAAGAAAUUGAGAAAUAUGUUGCCGAGAUUGAAAAAGAAAAGGAAGAAAAUGAAAAGAAGAAACAAAAGAAAGCAUCGUCAUGAAGUGUGCGUUAUUUGGAGCGGCUUUCAGCAUUGGUGUUGCGGGUCUUCUGUCUGCUUGUCCCGGAGCCCAAUAAACAUCUACAUUUUUUAA